AUGACUCGGAAAGAAACCAGUGAUGUCACUCUUGACAGUGACAUUAAUUUCAUACAGACACCGUCACCUGCCAUUCACAAUCCUCCUCUGCCGGCGGAAGGUCCUGGCAAUGAGAGCUUUUCCAAUGUCGUGUUGAUCAGCGCCCUCCUGGGGGUUCCAGCUCUCCUAGCCUACAUACUGGGCGGAGGUAUGAAAACGACACUAUUCCUCAGUCUCAUUACCGGUUUGCCGGUCCUCAUUGGGUUCUGGGCUUGGAAAUCCACCUCUAGUCCUCGCAUCAAUGAUAAGGUGAAACUGCCGGGUCGACCCAUAGAGCACUAUGUGACAUUCAAAAACGAGGCCGAUCGUGCGAAAUGGAAUGGAGGGAAACGCGUCCCUAUGCAGACCUUCUGCGAAUUGUACCUGGAUGGCGCGGUGGAUUUUAACGGGGAUUGUUUGGACAUUAUGGAAUAUCGACACGAUUGGGCCCACUUCGGAUUUACCUGGGACCUGUUCAAAUUCAUUUUUCUGACCUUCGCAAGGGAUGUGUUAUUUCAUACUAAGUCACAAGAUGAAGAGCAGAUCCGUCCAAAUUACGACCGCGGUAAUGAUCACUACGCCUGGUUCCUCGGUCCCCGCAUGAUCUACACCUCCGGUAUCAUAUCCGACACAGAGCGAGAGGAAACCCUGGAGGAAAUGCAGGACAACAAGAUGGCCAUUGUUUGUGAAAAGCUCGCACUCAAGAAAGGCGAAACAAUGCUGGAUAUUGGCUGUGGGUGGGGAACAUUGGCGAGGUUUGCGAGUCUCAACUACGGAGCAAAUGUGACAGGUCUCACUAUUGCACGACACCAGACCGCAUGGGGAAAUGACGCUCUCCGAAAGGCUGGUGUCCCGGAGUCCCAAAGCCGUAUCCUAUGCAUGGAUUACCGUGACAUUCCCCAUAUGAAGUAUGAUAAGAUCACCCAGCUGGAGAUGGGCGAGCAUGUUGGUAUCCGGAAAUUGACCGGCUUCUUCCGCCAAUGCUAUGAUAUGCUACAAGAUGACGGUGCCAUGUAUGUGCAGCUAUCUGGUCUCCGGCAGGCAUGGCAGUAUGAGGACUUCAUCUGGGGUUUGUAUUUGAAUAAAUACAUCUUCCGUGGCGCAGAUGCUUCUACGCCCCUUUGGAAUUACGUGAGAUCACUGGAGCGAGCUGGAUUUGAAAUCAAAGGUGUUGACACCGUUGGGGUCCAUUAUUCCGGAACACUUUGGAGAUGGUACCGCAACUGGCUCGGCAAUACUGAUACAAUCAAGGCCAAAUAUGGCCAGCGAUGGUUCAGAAUUUGGGAGCUCUUCCUAGCCUGGUCAGUCAUCGCCUCUCGCCAAGGGAGCGCCACUUGUUUCCAAAUUCUGGUUGUCAAGAAUUUGAACUCAACUCAUCGUGUCAAUGGAAUCGCAUCCCAGUUCGGGUUGUCUGCUGCACUUGAAUCUAGCAGAAAGGCCGGAAAGUCGAAGCUGCAGACAGUGUGA